UGGAGCUCCGGGCCUCAGGCACGGAUAAGGAGCAUCAUCUUUUGGGAACCGACACCGUUGCAACUUACGAUUCUAACGGUCACAGCUUACUCCAGAGUCGCGAGCAAGUGUACUAUCACUUGUCCCUCUGUAACAUCCAUUUGAAGUGUCGGGCUGUCCUUUCUCCCUGUGUCUUUAAUCCCUCUUGAGUUGACGUCGGGAUCCCCUCCCUCGCGUUGAUAGGGGCCAUUCAAGAUGGCGACCAGCCAUAUGCAUAACCUAACUACCCUUAUUAAGCGGCUGGAAGCCGCGACCUCCCGCCUGGAGGAUAUGGCUAUGGGACUGGAUGACCCCAGUUCGCCGAAAACAUUGAAUGCCGCCGCUGCCCCCGAGACCGUUGCUCCUGAACCGCCCAAGCCAGCUUUUCCCCCUGCACCUGCAGCUCCUGCUGUCCCACCUCAAAUUGAAGACUUUGAUACAUUGAUCAAUAAGGAUGUGCGGAACUUCGUGGACCUGGGAAAUAAAAUUGGCGACCUUGUUGCUGAACAGUCAAAAGCUGUCUUGCAAGCUUUCGAAGCCGAGCGCACCUACCUUUAUGUCUCGACGAAGGCGAAGAAGCCCGAGCCCCAGCCCCCAGAGCUCAUGACGGAGCUUCACACUGCUUCUGACUCUAUUAAUAUGAUCCGCGAGUCGAAUCGUGCCUCUCCACUUUUCAACCACCUCAGCGCCGUCGCCGAAGGCAUCGUGGCUCUGGGAUGGUUCUUUGAGCCCAAGCCAGGCGAUUUUGUCAGUGAAAUCGUCGGUGGCAUUGAAUACUAUGGCAACAAGGUCUUGAAGGAGUACAAGGAAAAGGAUAAGACUCACGUCCAGUACAUCCAAUCCUACUAUCAAGUCUUCAAGGCCCUUGCUGCCUAUCUCAAGAAGCACUAUCCGAAGGGCCUGACAUGGAAUGAGCAAAGCGGCAUCGAUGCGCUGGAAGCCCUCAGACAGGUCAAAGGUGGCUCUAGCACCGGAGCCAGCGGUUCAGCUCCUCCCCCACCUCCCCCACCCCCUGUGCCGACGCUGAACGUGCCUGGCGGAGCUCCUCCACCACCCCCACCACCGCCUGGCGUUCCCCCGCCGCCCAGCGCGGCCCCGGGAGGUGAUAUGUCCGCCGUUUUUGCUCAGUUGAACCAGGGUGAGGCUAUCACCUCUGGUCUCCGGAAAGUCGACAAGUCCGAAAUGACGCACAAGAACCCUAGCCUUCGCGCAAGCUCAACCGUUCCGGAGCGUCCUGACUCGCAAGGCAGCAUCUCGCGCUCCAAGUCGCCAGCCCCGAGUAAGAAGCCUAAGCCGGAGAGCAUGCGUGUCCGUAAACCUCCUCGUAAGGACCUCGAGAGCAACAAGUGGUACAUCGAAAACUUCGAUAACUCGGGUGAGAUUGUCGAGAUUCCUGCCCAGCAGAACCAGUCGAUCCUCAUCUCCCGUUGCAACAAGACCAUCGUGAAGGUGUCCAGCAAGGCCAAUGCCAUCGCCAUCGACAACUGCAAGGAACUCUCCAUUAUCGUUGAUUCCCUCGUGAGCAGUCUUGAUGUCAUCAAGUGUACCAAAUUCGCUCUCCAGAUCGACGGCGUGGCGCCCACGCUCUUGCUAGACCAGGUGGACGGUGCCACAGUGUACCUCGGCCCACAGAGCUUAAACACUGAGAUUUUCUCCAGCAAAUGCACCGCGCUCAACAUCAUGCUUCCCCCCAAGGAGGGAACAGACGAAGAUACCAAGGAGUGCCCGGUUCCUGAGCAGAUCAAGUCCUACGUCAAGGACGGUGUCCUGGUGAACGAGAUCGUCGAGCACGCAGGCUAAACACUAAUAAAUCAUACGACUACGCUUCGGUAUAUCUCGAACUUAUGUGCUUGGUCAGCUGUAUACCUUGGAUGACAUCUAGU